CCCCGCAGCUUGCUCGCGGAUCGAGCCGCUCCGUGCUUGUUCCUCACUCCUCACCCACGAGGCGCGCGGCCGAGGCCUUCCUUCGGUCCGCGGGAGCCGAGGCGAGGCCGGAGGCCGGGCUCGUGCCGCUUCCGCAGGGCUUCCUCCUCCGUGUUGGUAAAAUGUGCUGCGAGAAGUGGAGCCGCGUGGCCGAAAUGUUUCUCUUCAUUGAGGACCUGGAGGAGGAUUGUAAGAUCCUCUGCCUCUGCUCCAGGGCAUUUGUGGAAGAUCGAAAAUUAUGCAAUUUAGGAUUAAAAGGCUACUUUGUCAAAGACAGUGGCAGCAAUGCAGGAGACCAUGCUACAGAAGAAGAGGAAGAUGGCUACUCCCAGGGCACUACAGAGUCACAUGACAGCAAAGGCAUGGACCUAGAUGAAAGUGAACUUGAUUCUGAGGCUGAGCUCAUGAGAAGCAUGGGACUGCCACUUCAGUUUGGUGGGGUAUCUGCACAUAAGAAUUUUGAGGUGUCUAUGAAUAGUAGAAAUAAAGUUAAAAUAAAAAAGAAAAAUAAAAAACUUCAAAAGAAGUACUUAGAUGAAAUUAUGAGAGAAUCUUGGAGACCAGAAUAUGAAGAGGAUGACUUUCUGGCUUCCGAUGAUCCAUCUUCAGUUGGCCAGUGUGAGAACACCAGAACGUGUAACCCUCAAACCAAAAGAGACACUGAAACUGAAAAUCUUCCUGCUGAAAAUACAUUAUCUCCAAAGCUAGAAAUUACGAAGAAAUGGGAAGAGUAUUGGAAUGAAUAUGGUGGAGGACUGCUGUGGCAAAGCUGGCAAGAAAAACAUUCAGAUCAAACUCUAUGUUCUGAACCUUGGAACAUUCCUGAUACAAAGGAAGAAUGGGAACAACACUAUAGCCAACUUUAUUGGUAUUAUUUGGAACAGUUCCACUAUUGGGAAGCUCAGGGUUGGACUUUUGAUGCCUCACAAACCUGUGAUACAGAUACUUGUGGGUCUAAAGUAGAAGUUGACAGUGAGAAUGAUGAAAGUUGUGUGAAAGCAGACUUAAUUUCUUUCCCAUCCCCAUCUGUUACAGUUGAUAGUGAAAGCUGUAGUUCAAGUGAUAAAGAGCAUAAUGAAAUACUUGAUGGAAUUAGUAACGUAAGUCUGAAUUCAGAGGCCAUAGAACAGAGCCAGUUGGAUUCCUCUGUGAGCUGUGAUGGGCAUCAGUGGCUAAGUGAAGUUAACAGCAGAAAAGAAUGCCCUGCUUCUGGCCAAGGAGAACCAUGUAAUGGAGGAGCCAAGGAAAGUACCUCAUCUGGGAAUAGCAGCACAAACCAACCAGCUCAGGAUUCACAGGAGUCUUCAGAAGCAAACACAGUCAAAGAAAGAGUACAUCCCAACGGUAUUGAUGGAGAUGAGAGUGAAGAAGAUCCACCUGAACAUAAGCCAAGCAAACUCAAAAGGAGUCAUGAACUGGACAUUGAUGAAAACCCAGAUUCAGACUUUGAUGACAGUGGUUCCGUUCUAGGAUUCAAGCAUGGCUCUGGACAAAAAUACGGUGGAAUUUCAAAUUUCAGUCAUCGGCGGGUAAGGUAUCUACAGAAGAAUGUGAAGUACAAGUCAAAGUUCUUGGACAUGAGAAGACAGAUAAAUAUGAAAAACAAACACAUCUUCUUUACUGAAGAGUCAGAAAAAACAUUUCUCAAGAAAAGCAAAACUUUGAGUAAGGUGGAAAAAUUCCUAAAGUGGGUAAAUGAACCAGUGGAUGAGGAAGCAUCACAGGAGUCAGUUUCUCAUGACAAUGUGCAAGACACUUGCACAAGUACUGAUUCCGAGGAACAGGAAAUGUCUGUUACAAAAGACAACAAUCCCCUGGGGACAAGCACUCCAGAACCUGAGAAGGAUCAUGUCACAUCUUCAACUGGUGAACUCGAAACAGGAAAAAAUGGAAGGGCCAGCACAGUAGCAGCCAUUACAGAUAAGGAAGAUUGUGUUACUCAGGUUACACCAGACUCUCUUCACAUAGAAACUGCAGCUGAAAUUAAAAAGAAGAAGAAGAAGAAAAACAAGAACAGAAAGGUAAUUGGUCUGCCUCCUGAAAUUGCUGCUGUUCCUGAGCUGGCAAAAUACUGGGCCCAGAGAUACAGGCUCUUCUCCCGUUUUGAUGAUGGGAUUAAAUUAGACAGAGAGGGCUGGUUUUCAGUUACACCUGAGAAGAUUGCUGAGCACAUUGCUGGCCGGGUCAGUCAGUCCUUCAAGUGUGACAUUGUAGUAGAUGCAUUUUGUGGAGUUGGAGGAAAUACCAUUCAGUUUGCCUUAACAGGAAAGAGAGUGAUUGCCAUUGAUAUUGAUCCUGUUAAGAUCGAUCUUGCUCGCAAUAAUGCAGAGGUUUAUGGAAUAGCAGACAAAAUAGAGUUCAUCUGUGGAGAUUUCUUGCUGUUGGCUUCUCAUUUAAAGGCUGAUGUUGUGUUCCUUAGCCCUCCUUGGGGAGGGCCAGACUAUGCCACUGCAGAGACCUUUGACAUUAGGACGAUGAUGACUCCUGAUGGCUUUGAAAUUUUCAGACUGUCCAAGAAGAUCACUAAUAACAUAGUUUACUUUCUUCCAAGAAAUGCUGAUAUUGACCAGGUGGCAUCCUUAGCUGGGCCUGGAGGUCAAGUGGAAAUUGAACAAAACUUUCUUAAUAAUAAAUUAAAGACAAUCACUGCUUAUUUUGGGAACCUGAUCCGAAGAUCAGCUUCUGAAUCAUGACUGUGAGAUGGUACAAGGACAAAAACAUCAUGUAGUGGUCAGAACAUUAUUCAGAUGAGACACUUGGAAUUUCUGUAUUCACUGAUGUUUUGUACCUAUAGUCUUAUAUUACCAUAAGAAAUGGAAACUGCCAGAAGAUUAAUGAAGCAUUUUGAUAUCUUUGGAUAAUUUACCUAUGUAUUUUAUACAUUAGGAUAGUAAAUGUCUGAUAUGGAAAAAGUAGGCUUUCCCCUGUGCUUAACAUCAGUGUGUGUGUGUAUGUGUGUAUGUGUUUUAAUUUUGUAUAUUUUGGUUUAACUUUGUGUUUGUGUUAAAAAAAGAACAUGGUUUUUUGUUUUAAAUGUAGAGAGAUGAGAAAACAAUGAGUUACAGUCUAUCUGCCUACUUCUGCUGAAAUAAUGUUUCAUACCUUUAUAACCUUUAGAAUAAUGUUCUACCUUUAAGGGUAGAACCGUAAACAGUACAGAAUGGUAUGAAAUGACAAGUAAAAGUUCCCCCAUCCUCUUCCCCUACCCUUUAGUUAUUUAUCUAAAGAUAACCACAGCUAGAAGUAUUUUGUAAUGCCUCUGAAAGACAGAAAGGAAUCGCAAUAUACCCUAUAUACUUCUUUCCCCUCACUGAUGCUCUGUUCAUUCAAUAACCCGCCCUUUUUCUUUUUUUACUUAUUAUAUCUUUUUUAUAAAAUAUAUAUAUGUAUUUUUUUUUUACUAGUAUAUCUUGAAGACCUUCCCAUGUCAGUACGUAUAGACAGACCUACCUCGUUGCCUUCAGUGGCCAUCUUGUAUUCCGUCUUCUGACUAUGCCAUAAGUGAUUUAAACAGCUCCCUAUUGAUGGACAACUGGACUGUUUUCCUUUGUUGAAUUAUUAGCUAUUCUGUGCUGUGAUAGGAUUGUCUGUUUCCGUCCACCCUCCCUAGCUCUGGGCAUAAUCAAACAUUGUAAUUUUUGCUAUCUCAUUUGUGAAAAAAAUGGUAUCUUUUUGUUUGUAUGUGUUUCCUUAAUUAUGAAUGAGAUUUGAACAUAUUUUUAUAUAUUUUGGUCUUUUAAAAAUAAGUUUUGUCUUUUAAACUGACCGUCCUUAUCCUUUAUCUUGCAUGGUUACCUUUUUUUUUUAAUAUGUGUGAAUCCCUUGUACAUUAAAGAGCCUUUGUCUUU